AUGGCGUUCCCUCCUAAGCUACUCAUCCCAUCGAUCUCUCUUUGCCUCUUCUCUCUCAUCCUCUUCUCCAACACCCAUCUCUCUCUAUCCACCAGACCCAUCAACUCAAUCACAGACGUCCACGACCUCCUCCCCCAGUACGGCCUCCCAAAGGGUAUCAUCCCAAACGCCGUCAAGUCCUACUCUCUCUCCUCUGACGGCACGUUCACCAUCGAACUCCACCGUCCCUGUUACGUCCAGUUCGAUGAGCUUGUUUGGUAUGACAAGAAAGUCAAAGGCAAGCUCACUUAUGGGUCGGUCUCGGAUGUUUCGGGCAUUCAAGCCAAGAAGCUGUUCUUGUGGGUGCCCGUGACCGGAAUGAAUGUCGAUUCCAAAUCGGGGAUGAUCGAGUUUCACGUUGGGGCUUUGUCGGAGAAGUUGCCGGCGGAACAGUUCGAGACAAUCCCCAAUUGUAAGAACAAGGGAUGUCAAGAGUCACAACCAGAGUUUGCGGCCGAGCUGUUUGAGACCAUACCCGAAUCUAUUUGA